GCAUGCAGUGCAGCAGAGGCGGUUUUUCUGCAUUCGUGCGAACGGGAAUCGGAGAAAGGGCGAUUGGUAGCGAGAGGGUUGCUUGUUGGUUUUCGCUGGAGGUCUCCCGGAGCGUGCGAGGAUAGGGUGAGCAAGAGGGAAAAAAAGAAUCCAAAGAUACCCCCCCCCCGGGUUUUGUUUUGGUCCGGUCCUUUGGAAAGGUGUCUUCUCUUGCAAGGAACCUGGCUCUAAUAAACGAUGCUCCACACAAAGGUGAAAACAGAGAAGCCAGAUCUGGAGACGGCCAAUGCUCGAAACCGGCUUGAUGCAGUGCUGCAGUGUCUGCUGGAGAAGAAUGAUGUGGACCGGGAGCAGAUGGAAGAAGACUCUGGAAAGUCGUCGUCUGACGCGCUCAACAAGGACUGCUCUCCGACUGCCACAGGAAAGAGGCCCUCUGCCCGGUUCUCUCAUCAUCGGCGUAAGAAGAGGAAGGAGACGGAUGAUGGGCUUGCCGAAAGCGGACAGCAGAAGCAGAACACCUAUGUCAUCAAGCUGUUUGACCGGAGUGUGGAUCUAGCACAGUUCUCCGAGAGCACCCCGCUGUACCCCAUCUGCCGGGCCUGGAUGCGGAACAGUCCCAUGGUGCGGGAGCAGGAACAACCGCCCAGCCCUGCCCUGCCCACCCUGCCAGAGGAUGAGGAGGGGGCCGAAGGACUGAAUGGGAAAAGCCAAGAUGUGUGCAAACUGCCCCCUCCAACGCCCUGCCACACAAACGCCUCGGGGGAAACGGUUAAUCUCCGCAUCCCAUCUCCACUAGAGCCUGAGGAGGCGAAAGUCGUAGUGGACAAGGCUGCCGAGGCCGUGCCAUCCAUGUCCUCCCUUAUCUACAAGAACAUGGAGCGGUGGAAGAAGAUCCGACAGAGGUGGAAAGAGGCCUCGCACAAGAACCAGCUGCGCUACGCUGAGAGCAUGAAGAUCCUGAAGGAGAUGUAUGAGCGGCAAUGAGGGGCGCAAGUGGGGCACAUCUCCUGGCGUCUCCUUCUAACCCCCUCACCUUGUGGGGGUCAGUACUGUUGCCUCUAGGGUUUUUUUUUGUAUAAUAAAUGCAGUAUUCAGAGGG